AGAGAAUCCAUUAACAUUCUCUCCAACCAUGGACGGCUAUGCUCACAAUCUUUUCUUUAAGAUCCUCACACUUUCUUAGACCAACUUGCAUUACCAAUUAUAAAUAUGCAUAAAACCUAAGGAAUCAAUAACCAAAUUGCAUAGUCUCUAUUCUUCAAAAAUUUCAAUAACCAAAGUUUCUUCAUGGCAUUUCCCAACAUGUUACGAUUUCUGUUUUUAUCAAUUUUCUUUGUCAUAACCGUUACGAGUUCCACGUCUGACAUCAAAGCUAUAUACUGGCUUCAACAACCGCUUUUCCCUCCUUCAGCCAUAAACACAUCACUCUUCACUCACGUUUACUAUGCUUUCCUUGCACCCAACAACGCCACUUACCAACUCGACGUUCCAGACUCCACCGCCGCAACCCUCGCCACCUUCACCGCCGCUCUCCGCCCCUCCGUCGCCACUCUCAUAUCCAUCGGCGGCGCCAACUCCAACCCCGACCUCUUUGCCGCCAUUGCAUCCAACGCCGCCGCGCGCGCCGCCUUCAUCAACUCCACCAUCGCCGUUGCGCGCGCAUUCGGCUUCCACGGGGUUGACCUUGAUUGGGAGUUUCCCCGCACCGCGAACGAAAUGAAGGACCUCGGCCAGCUCUUCAAAGAGUGGCGCGCCGCCAUCGCCUCCGAGGCCUCCGCCUCUGCCCGGAAACCGCUCCUCCUCACCGCCGCCGUGUACUUCUCCGUCGAUUUCUUUCUUUCCACCACGACGUCGUUGCGAUACCCGGUGCGUUCCAUUAACGAUAAUUUAGAUUGGAUCAAUGUCAUGAGUUACGAUCUUAAUGGGCCGUGGAGUAACCGCACUGGGCCUCCUGCUGGGCUCUUUGACCCGAAAAGUAAUGCCAGUGUGUCCUACGGGUUACGGUCCUGGAUCCGGAGCGGGGUUGUUCCGAAGAAGGUGGUGAUGGGUUUGCCGCUUUAUGGGAGGACAUGGCAGUUACUUGACCCGAGUGUUCAUGGAAUCGGAGCUCCGGCUGUUGGGGCGGGUACCGGGAUUGAUGGUGCGAUGGCGUUGUUUCAGGUGUUGGAAUUUAAUAACGAAACGGGUGCGAAUGUGGUGUAUGACAAGAAAACGGCGUCGGUUUAUUCUUACAGUGGUAGUAAUUGGGUCGGGUACGAUGACCCGGUAACGGUUGCGGCUAAGGUUGGGUUUGCUCAAUCUCUUUAUCUUGGUGGAUAUUUCUUUUGGGCUGCAGGCCUCGAUACCAACGAUUGGAAAAUCUCAACACAAGCUCUAAAUUCAUGGAUGCUGUGCAUAAAUGAGAGGGGAAGUGUGAACUGAAACUUGAGCCUGUCACUUCGUGUUUCUGCUAUCAUUUUGUAUCUUACAGGGACGAUUUUAUUGGUCUUUCAACAUCGAGUAAUUGAAUUCAUUGAAUCACAGGUAGGUCACAAUGCCUUCAUUCAGCAAAUGAAUUAUUUUUCACCUAUAUUCCAUGUACAACAUAAAAUGAAAGGGAAAAAUUUCCCUGCUUUUAUGUAAAACAUUUUCUAUUUAUGUAAAACAGUAAGAGAUGUCUCA